UCUUUUCUUUCCUUUUCUUUUUCUUUCCUGUCAUCCUGUGAUCACACUUAUGAAGACUUUCUUCAGUGCCUCACCACUCGUAUAUCCAACCUGACCUCCACUCAUAAAGUCGUUAUCUACACUCGAAAUGAUGCAGCAUAUUCUACCAUAUUGAAUUCAUCCAUAACAAACCAUCGUUUUACUUCUCCUUCAACCCCAAAACCAUUCGCUAUCAUCACACCAUUUCAUGCAUCUCACGUACAAGCCACUGUUUACUGCUCCAAGAAACAUGACAUGCAAAUCAAAAUUCGAAGUGGUGGCCAUGAUUAUGAGGGCCUUUCUUAUGUGUCCAAUCAUCUCCCUUUUGUUGUAGUUGACUUGAGAAACUUAAAUUUUAUUAGCGUUGAUGUGGAAAGCAAAUCUGCAUGGGUUCAGGCUGGAGCUACGCUGGGUGAACUUUAUUAUAGGAUUGCUGAAAAGAGUGGAAAUCUUGGCUUCCCCGCCGGCGUUUGUGCCUCUGUCGGUGUUGGUGGACACAUUAGUGGAGGAGGCUACGGGUUUUUGACGCGAAAAUAUGGGCUUGCAGCCGAUAAUGUCAUGGACGCGCAGAUAAUCGACGCUCAAGGUAGAAUUCUUGAUAGGAAAUCUAUGGGGGAGGAUUUGUUUUGGGCCAUACGUGGUGGUGGAGCAGCAAGCUUUGGAGUCGUUCUUGCAUGGAAACUGCGACUAGUUCCUGUGCCAUCAACAGUGACAGUGUUUAAUGUCAAAAGGAAUAUGGAAGAUGAUGCAACAAAGAAGCUCGUAAAUCGAUGGCAACGGCAUGCUGAUAAAGUUGAUGAGGAUCUAACAAUCUUCAUCACGUUCCUAACUGUGAGUUCUAUUGAUAAAAAGGGGAAUAAGAAAAUUGUACUAGAAGCUUUCUUUUCGGCAACAUUCCAUGGCGGUGUAGAUCGAUUGCUUCAAUUGACACAAAAGGAGUUUCCUGAGCUGGGUUUGCUUAAACUAGAGUGUACUGAAAUGAGAUGGGUCGAAUCUUUUCUCUAUUUCAAUGGGUUGGCAAAUAGAGGAUCGUUGAAUGCUUUACUUAAUAGGACAUCCAAUUUCGAUUCCAGGCCAUUCAAAGCGAAAUCUGACCAUGUGAAAGAGCCUAUUCCAGAUGAUGUGUUGGAAAUAAUGUUGGGAAGGUUGUAUGAAGAAGAGAUCGGAAAUAGUGAGAUUGAUUUUUUCCCUUAUGGAGGGAAAAUGAAUAGGAUUCCAGAAUCUGCAAUUCCAUUUCCACACCGAGCUGGAAACCUGUUCAGUAUUCAUUACAAAGUGCGUUGGGAUGGAGGGAAUAUUAAAGCGUCCAAAAAACAUUUAAGUUGGAUUAGAAGACUUUACAAUUACAUGACUCCAUAUGUGUCAAAAAAUCCGAGGACCGUAUAUCUCAACUUUAGAGACCUUGACAUUGGGAUGAAUAAACAGCAAAGUGACACUAGUUCCUUUACUGCUAUUGCAAAAGCAAGAAUUUGGGGUACUAGGUAUUUCAAGAAUAAUUUCAAUAGGUUAGUUAAAGUGAAGACUAAAAUUGAUCCAACUAAUUUUUUUAAAAAUGAACAAAGCAUCCCACCUCUUCUUACCCAUUAG